AUGUCGUUUGACGAAGAGAAUUUGUCAAUAAACAAGAGGAGAACAACUAAGAGCCCUUUAUCUCCCACAAAGUUAUCACGUUCAAAAUCACAGAUCCCUGAUCUUCAAACUACAAAAUUGGAACAUAUAUUUCAAUUGAAUGCCUGUGACGAAAAUUUACAAAGUAUUAAUAGACAAAUCAAUAAAUCCAAAAAAGUGGUAGUAUUGACUGGUGCAGGGAUCUCAUGUAAUGCGGGUAUUCCUGAUUUUAGAUCGUCCAAUGGUCUCUAUAAUCUAGUGAAAGCAGAACAUCCAAACGUUUCAAUAGGGUCGGGAAAAGAGAUGUUUGAUAUCUCUUUAUUUAGAGAUGAAAUAAAGAUAUCUGUCUGGGCAACCUUCAUGGAAAAAUUAUACUCAAGUUGUAGGUUGGCAAAACCCACUGUAACACAUAAAUUUAUUGCACAUUUAAAGGAAAGAAACAGGCUUUUGAGAUGUUAUACCCAGAAUAUUGACGGAUUAGAAGAAUCCCUUGGUUUAGAGAUGUCUUCAUCAUUUGAAGAAAAUGAAAAGGAAAACUUUACGUUAAGUAGAUGGAGGAGUUUUGACGUCGUACAACUACACGGUGAUUUGAAUUCACUCGCAUGCACACAGUGCUUCCAGACAUUCCCUUGGAGUAGAUACCGGUCAAGAUCAUUUAGAAGAGGUGAACUUCCCAACUGUCCCAGAUGUGAAGAAAAAAUUUUCAAGAGAUCACAGGAAGGGAAAAGAUUAAUCAAUAACUGCGGGAUAUUAAGGCCAAAUAUUGUUCUUUAUGGUGAAAACCAUCCUUCCGGGGAAUUAAUAAGUCAUGGCCUAAAUUCUGAUAUUAUGAGAGGGAAGCCUGAUUUUUUUAUUAUUAUGGGAACAAGUCUCAAAGUUGACGGUGUUAAAAAUGUUGUCAAACAAAUAAGUAAAGAAGUCCAUGAACGAGGCGGUAUAGUCAUUUUAAUAAAUAAAACUAGCGUAGGGGAUUCAAUGUGGCAUGGAAUCAUUGAUUAUCAAAUAUGGCAAGAUUGUGAUGAUUGGGUAACUUACUUACAAGGUGAGCUUCCCGAUUUUUUCAAGUCUCAGAAAGAGAUUGAGAAGAUGAAAAAGCUGAAACGAGAAGCAAGUGACCUAAAGAAGAAAAAGCUCGAGGAAAAAAGGAACAAAGAAGUAUCUAGUUUGACAACUCCACCAACUACGCCUAUAGGUAGUGGGAAAAAUGACGAAAAGAUAGCAAAUGAUAGUUCUAGUGAUGUGACCUCAUUGAAUAAAGUAAAAAGAAAAUUAAUACCACCAAAACAGAAUAAAAUUCAGAAGCAAAAGAAACAGACAAAAGAUGCAAGAUGUCCUCCCAAGAUUGAAGAAUUUUGCUCAAAAGAUGAGAAGAAUCUUGCAUUAACAGAACAUAUUUUGGUAAAGAUCGAUUGA